AUGAGUGAUUCAAAGUCUUUUGUAAAUUUCUCAUGUCAGCGAUGCUUACAGCCUCUAAACCUAGACGAGUCUUUAAACAACCUGGACGAACACACUAUUGCUGACCUUACGCUUCAGAUACGACGUAACAAUGAAGUGGACUUGGAUAUGCAAUCGACAAGCUUAGAACAUUAUGUACCCCCCUUUCGUAUGUCUGAGUCAGGCAAUGGUAUCAACGGGUUUAUGGUGAUUUCAGAUGGGUGGGAAACUGCAUCCCUGGGCCACCAACUACAUGUUAAAGCUACUUUAUUUGAUUUAUUAUCAAACAAUUCCGAUGUGGAUCAUCCUCUUUGUGAUGAAUGUACGGAUUCUCUUCUAGAAAUUAUGGAUGGUCAGUUAAAACAGACUGAAGCUGAAUGGAAAGACUACAAUGACUAUUUGAAGAAGUUAGAAGAUGACAAAGAAGAUUUAAAUUUAGAGGGUUUAGAAAAAGAAUUGGAUGAUUGGAAACAAGAACAAAGUAGAUUACUACAAGAACUGUCAUCAUUACAAAAAGAAGAAAGAGCUAUGAAAGAGGAGAUUGAUGUACAAGAACGGGAGAAAGAGAGAUUAGAAAAAGAACAAGAUGUCUAUUGGAGAGAGUAUACAAGAUAUAGGAAAGACUUGAUGACCAUUGAAGAGCAAAUGAAGUUUUAUGAAUGUCAGUUGGCAUAUACACAGUCACAGUUAGAGAAGUUAAAAAAAACAAAUAUAUUUAAGGCCACGUUUCACAUUUCUGAUUCUGGACAGUUUGGUAUAAUAAAUAAUUUUAGACUCGGUAGGUUGCCAUCAGCGCCGGUGGAUUGGUCAGAAAUAAAUGCAGCUUGGGGACAAACUGUGCUCCUAUUGUCAUCAUUAGCGCGAAAGAUAAGUUUCAAUUUUCAACGGUACCGGUUAGUACCUUAUGGUAAUCAUUCUUAUGUAGAAGUAUUAGAUGAUCAAAAAGUUUUACCGUUGUAUGGUUCUGGUGGUUUCCGUUUUCUGUGGGACACUAAAUUUGAUGCUGCAAUGGUAGCGUUUUUGGAUUGUUUGCAACAAUUCAAAGAACAAGUUGAGAAGGGCAAUACAGGAUUCUGUUUACCAUAUAGAAUUGAUAAGGGAAAGAUCGAGGAUACCGCCUCACCUCCUCAUGCCUACUCUAUAAAAAUCCAAUUCAACUCUGAAGAACAUUGGACGAAAGCUUUAAAAUACAUGCUGACGAAUUUAAAAUGGGCUCUGACAUGGAUUUCCUCACAGUUUAGCGAGGAUAAAGCGGAAGGCCAGUAG